CCUGAGAACCCUGCGCUCCUCUCACCAGCUCCACCCGCCUCAGCCCCAGGCACCACCAUGACCGGCUCCUGCUGCGCCCAGCCCUGCUGCCAGCGCGACCCCUGCUGCUGCCGCCCCGUGUCCUGCCAGACCACCGUGUGCCGCCCCGUGACCUGCGCGCCCCGCUACACGCGCUCCAUCUGCGAGCCCUGCCGCCGCCCUGUCUGCUGCGACCCGUGCAGCCUGCAGGAGGGCUGCUGCCGCCCCAUCACCUGCUGCCCCUCGUCCUGCCAGGCCGUGGUCUGCCGCCCGUGCUGCUGGGCCACCCCGUGCUGCCGGCCGGUGUCGGUGCAGUCCCCGUGCUGCCGCCCGCCCUGCUGCCAGCCCGCCCCCUGCCGCACCGUCUGCAGGACCUUCCCCUCUUGCUAAGAAAACCCCCUCAUUCCCCCAACCUCCUGCAAAAUGCCCACAGAGCCACACCCUGGAGCCUAAGCAUCUAUUCUGCAUUUUAUUCAGGUUGGAAGAAAACUAGUCAUUUUUACAUCUUACCGUCCGGGUGCAUAAACAGAUGUCCACCACCAGUCUGAGUCAAAUUCCCAGGUGUCUUCAUCAGCAGAAGACAUCAAGGAUCAUAAAUCCAUCUUUAAAAGUCCCAGGAGUGGGCGAUGUUGCGAAGCCAUCCUGGAUUCCAGAGACCACGCGACCUCCCCCCCUUCAUCUUCCAUAAUAUGCUGCUCACUUGUUUUCAAUAAACUGAUUUUUCCUGUAA